AUUUCAUCGCCAGCCAACGGGGAACACAAGACGGGUUUUUGUCGGCGCAGUGAUAUUUUAUUUAUGUUCUUUUGAGUUUCUGUGAAACGACAAUCAGGAGAGAAGGCAGCAAUCGAAAGAUGGCCAGCGUAAGACUGAUCGGUGCAGCACUGCAACGAAACGUGACCUUUGGACGGGCGCUUCAACUGAAGGCUCAUCAAUCGCAAAUGGCGGUCCGGAUGAUGGCCACGGCGCCGGUCACCAGCAAACACAUCAAAACCCGGGUCGUAGACAACGUGCUGGUCAUCACGAUGGACUCGCCGGGUGUAAAGGUGAACUCGCUGAACGAGGAGGUGCAGACCGAGUUCGAUGCAGUCCUUCGCGAGGUUGAAACCAACCCGGCCGUCAGCUCGGCCGUACUGAUCUCGGGCAAACCGGGCUGCUUUGUGGCCGGUGCCGACAUCACGAUGCUGGAGAAGUGCAAAUCGGUGGAGGCGGCAACACGCGUCUCGCACGAGGGCCAAAUUCAAUUUGCCAAGUUAGAAAAAUCCCGUAAACCGGUCGUAGCUGCGAUCAAUGGGGUUUGCCUGGGUGGUGGGCUCGAACUUGCGCUCGCUUGCCAGUACCGAGUGGCACUGAAAGACAAAAAAACGGUGCUGGGCCUACCGGAGGUGAUGCUGGGACUGCUUCCCGGAGCCGGCGGUACCCAACGGUUGCCGAAGCUGACAUCCAUUCCCACCGCCCUCGACCUAGCCCUGACCGGCAAGUCGGUGAAAGCAGACAAAGCGAAGAAGCUGGGCAUCGUGGAUCUGCUGGUGAAUCCCCUCGGUCCGGGUUUGAAACCGGCGGAACAAAACACGCUCGAGUACCUUGAACAAGUUGCCAUUCAAGUGGCCAAAGACCUGGCGUCGGAGAAGCUGAAAGUGAGCCGACAGAAAACGGGACUCGUCAAUAAGUUGACCGAGUUCGCGUUCGGCAUCGAAUGGGUGAAGAAUAAGGUGUUUGCGAAGGCACGCGAACAGGUGAUGAAGUUAUCCGGCGGACUGUACCCUGCACCGCUCAAGAUCUUGGACGUGAUCCGUGUUGGUGUGGAUAAGGGACAGGAGGCUGGCUACGAGGCCGAGCGAAAAGGGUUCGGCGAGCUUUCGCAGACACCACAAUCCAAGGGCCUGAUCGGACUGUUCCGCGGACAAACCGAAUGCAAGAAGAAUCGUUUCGGUAAACCGGCAAACCCUCCGAAAACGGUUGGAGUUCUCGGAGCCGGCCUGAUGGGUGCCGGUAUCGUACAGGUCAGCAUCGACAAGGGCUACCAUGUGGUCAUGAAAGAUACGACCGAAGCUGGUCUCGGACGUGGCGUUGGACAGAUCCAAACUGGUCUACAGAACGCAAUCAAGCGUAAGCGCAUCAGCGGUCUCGAACGUGAUCAAAUUCUUUCGAACCUGAACCCAACGUUAAGCUACGAACAGUUUAAGAACACGGACAUCGUGAUCGAGGCCGUGUUUGAGAACAUCGAUAUUAAGCAUCGCGUCAUCAAGGAGCUGGAACAAGUCGUCCCGAAGCACUGUAUUAUCGCCACGAACACGUCGGCCAUCCCAAUCACGAAGAUUGCGGCCGGAAGCUCGCGGCCAGAAAAUGUGGUAGGCAUGCACUACUUCUCACCGGUUGACAAGAUGCAACUGCUGGAGAUCAUCACGCAUCCGGGCACUUCGAAGGAGACGGCCGCGGCAGCCGUCGAAGUUGGUCUGCAGCAGGGUAAGGUAGUCAUUACCGUUGACGAUGGUCCCGGCUUCUACACUACACGCAUCCUUUCGACGAUGCUCUCGGAAGCGAUCAGACUCCUACAAGAAGGCGUCGAUCCAAAGGACCUAGACAAGAUGACUAAGUCGUUCGGUUUCCCGGUCGGUGCGGCUACGUUGGCCGAUGAGGUCGGUAUUGAUGUCGGAGCGCACAUUGCCGUCGAUUUGGCGAAGGCUUUCGGUGAUCGCUUCAGCGGUGGCAAUUUGGGCGUCAUGGACGACCUUGUUAAGGCCGGUUACAUGGGCCGCAAAUCGGGCAAAGGUGUGUUCGUGUACUCGAGCAGCAACAGCAAGAACCGUGAGGUGAACCAGGGAGCGAUGUCUAUCCUGAAGCAAAAGUAUGCCCUGCAGUCCCGUGGCGCAAACUCGGUCGAGGACAUGCAGCUUCGAAUGGUUUCACGCUUUGUCAACGAAGCCGUCCUGUGCUUGGAGGAGAAAAUUCUCGACAGUCCGCUGGAGGGUGAUGUCGGUGCUGUGUUCGGUCUGGGUUUCCCACCAUUUACUGGUGGGCCAUUCCGCUGGGUUGACCAGUAUGGUGCCGGUCGCUUGGUGGACAAGAUGCGCUCGUUUGCUGAUCUUUAUGGUGCACCCUUCGUGCCUGCCCAAACGUUGCUCGAUAUGGCCAACGAUUCAUCGAAGAAGUUUUACCCAAGCAAGUGAAAAUGCUCACUAAAUCGUUCCCCCAAAAAACAGCGGCAUUCAUCCCCAUUAUUAUAAAAAAAAACGGACCUUAGAUUAAGUUUCAAGACGCGCUUUUCAUGUAGCUCUGGUGCUCCAAUUUUCUGGAACAUUAAUUGCGUUUAAACUCCGUCACCUGUGCUCCGGCUCUGAUGUUUUCUUUUUUGUGUUCACUCCUGUCUAGUGCGCAAUGUUACACUUUAGUCAAGUUUGGUGUUUUCCUUUUUGUUAAUGUAUCGGAUUUUUGUAAUAAAAGAUGUACUCUUAUUAUUUACCACACUA